AGGUGUGUGCUGUGAGGGUUCAGGGUCCAGGUCAGCGUGAACGUCUCAUUACUGGAGUUAUCACUCUUCACCAGUCUUCACUAGACUUUGAUCCGCUGAACCAGCCACAUUCACACAGUCCUGGGAAUAAAGAGCAUUCUCAGAUCCAGACAGCACAAUGGACAUCUCUCUUUCAAGGCUGCUGUUGUUUCUGCUCUUGCUGAUAGCGCUGCUGUCCUGUGUUUCUGCUGCAGACAAACUCAACAUGUGUAUGGAUGGAAAACACCAGAUCACAGAGCCCAGGCCGGAGGGACAGCUGUAUCUGCAGUGUUCUCCGUGGAAAGAUAACGCCUGCUGCACGGCGAACACCACAGAAGAAGCUCAUCAGGAUAAUUCAUACCUGUACAACUUCAACUGGAAUCACUGCGGCAGUAUGAGCGAGAAGUGUAAGCAGCACUUCAUCCAGGACACGUGUUUCUACGAGUGCUCGCCGCACCUGGGGCCCUGGAUACAGCCGGCGAGCGAGUCGUGGCGUAAGGAGCGUAUCAUGGACGUGCCGCUGUGUCUGGAGGACUGUACGAGCUGGUUCGAGGACUGUAAGAAUGACUUCACCUGUAAAGAGAACUGGCACAAGGGCUGGGACUGGAGCACGGGUAUUAACCGCUGUCCGCGUGACUCUCGCUGCAGACCCUGGACGGAGAUCUUCCCCAGCGCUCAGGACAUGUGUGAGAAGAUCUGGUCAAACUCCUACAAGUACACCACGCUCACCAAAGACAGCGGCCGCUGCAUGCAGAUGUGGUUCACGGGUCCAAACCCCAACAGGAAGGUGGCUGAGUAUUACCUGAGCGGCGGUCCGGAGACGGUUGCCAUGGCAACAGGCCUGCAGGUGUUUGUGCUGCUGGGGAUGCUGCUGCGCUGACCACAUCACAAUCACAGCUGAGAAUAAACUUCUACAGACCAACACAACGGAGGACUGUUCAGUUUCUGUGCAUGCAUCUAAGUCAAAGCAUGAAAUCUAAUGUUUGUUUAUGAUAAGCCAGUUUCGUCUGGUGAACCAUGUGAAGUUGAGUAAUAUAAUGUAAUCUACAUUGAUAAUCUGUUUAUUGAUGUAGACUUGUUAAACUACUCCGGGAUGUCUGUUGAUUAGAAAAUAAUUACUACUAAUAAUAAUUAUUCAUUUUAUUUGAUGACAUUAUUUGAAAAGCCUCACUUACUGACUACAGCAGUGUUCAAGAAAUGGGGUUCAAAAUUUAAAAAAUGACAUUAACAAAUUCUGGCAUGAAAUCUAUGAAUAACUGAAUAUAAACAUUUAUAUAUAUUUAUAUAUAUAUAUAAAUGUUUAUUGAAAUAGAACUUAAAAUAACAUGCAAUAAUUAUAUAAGUAAAAUAAAAAAAAACUGUUAUUUAUACAAUUAUUGCAUGUUGCCUAAUAAAAUAAAAUAAUAAGAUAAAACAAUAAUUUAUGUUAUUUUGCAUAAUUUUUGCAUGUUCUCUGAUAUAAUAAUAAAUAAUUGUUUCAUUUU